AUGUCUGAACGCGCUGAAGAUUUGUUUACCCUGGUCAGCAAAGUUCUUCAAGAUGUUCAACUAACAGACCAAAAGCGUUUUAAGCAGUUUGUUUCUCAAAGCAGAGCAAGAAUGGAGAACCGACUAAGAGGCAGUGGACAUGGCAUUGCAGCUGCAAGGAUGGAUGCAAAGCUCAAUGUUGCCGGUUGGGUCUCUGAAAAAAUGGGUGGUGUCAGUUACCUGGAAUUUCUACGAGACCUUGAAGAGAGAGUUGAUAAAAACUGGCCUGAAAUAUCUUCUUCCCUCGAGGAGAUACGCAAAACUUUAAUUUCAAAAAAUGGUUGCCUAAUAAAUCUGACCGCUGAUGGAAAAAAUCUUGUGAACUCAGAGAAGCAUGUUAGCAAAUUUCUCGAUAUGCUUCCGAACAGUUCCCCAGUUGGAUCAGCUGCUUGGAGUGCUCGACUUCCCCCAACAAAUGAAGCUAUUGUGGUACCUACUCAGGUAAAUUAUGUUGGAAAAGCAGCUAACCUUUUCCAGACCGGGUAUCAACUUAAGGGUAGUGCAUAUGUGAUCUCUAAGUACAUUAGUAAUACGUGGUUGUGGGAUCGCGUACGAGUCAGUGGUGGGGCUUAUGGGGGAUUUUGUGAUUUUGACACUCAUUCAGGCGUGUUCUCAUACUUGUCUUAUAGAGACCCCAAUUUGUUGAAGACACUCGAUGUGUAUGAUGCAACGAGUGAUUUUCUAAGGGAACUUGAAAUGGACGAUGAUGCUCUCACCAAGGCUAUCAUUGGGACCAUUGGAGAUGUUGAUGCAUAUCAACUACCCGAUGCCAAAGGAUACUCAUCCAUUCACUUAACAACGGGGACGUCUUUAAUGGAAGUAUUGCUUAUUAUAGGAGAAACACUCAGAGAGUUAUUUUUCUUCUUCAUAGAGAAUUUUACUGUGGUUUCAUCUGCAGUCUAG